GAGCCGGCCCGAGGCCACCCUGCCGUCGAGCGCUGCCCUCAGGCCCGGGGCGGCUCUCGCUACCGGCAGGACACGGCCCCUGGCCCGGCCCCGCGGGGCGGCCCGGCGGGCGGGCGGAGCGGGAGGCGGGCGCGACCGAGCGUGACGGACGGAGGGCGGGAGCGGAGCCCGCAGCGAGGAGCGACCCGGCUGCCGCCGCCUCCGCCUCCGCAGCGCCCGUCGGGAGGCGGCCGGGCAGCACCGCCGCCGAGACCCCCCCCCCCCGCCCCGCCGCCCGCUCGCCCUUCGCCCCGCCGAGCGCCAUGGCGGCCGCGGCCGCCGAGCCCAGCAGCGGCCGGUACCAGCAGCUGCAGAAUGAAGAGGAGCCAAGUGAGACUGCACCGGUGGUGAAUGAUGCCCCUCCACCUUACAGCAGCAUUUCUGCGGAGAAUACAGCUUAUUUUGACUACAAGGAUGAGUCAGGAUUUCCGAAGCCUCCAUCUUACAACGUGGCCACAACACUGCCUAGUUACGAUGAGGCAGAGAGAACCAAGGCUGAAGCCACAAUUCCCUUGGUUCCUGGAAGAGAUGAUGAUUUUGUGACACGGGAUGACUUUGAUGACACCGACCAGCUGAGGAUAGGAAAUGAUGGCAUUUUCAUGCUAACGUUCUUCAUGGCAUUCCUCUUCAACUGGAUUGGAUUUUUCCUGUCUUUCUGUCUGACUACUUCAGCUGCAGGACGAUAUGGGGCCAUUUCUGGCUUUGGUCUGUCUCUUAUUAAGUGGAUCCUUAUUGUCAGGUUCUCCACCUAUUUUCCUGGUUACUUUGAUGGCCAGUAUUGGCUUUGGUGGGUCUUCCUUGUACUAGGUUUUCUGCUGUUUCUCAGAGGAUUUAUUAAUUAUGCAAAGGUUAGGAAGAUGCCAGAUACUUUUUCCACUCUCCCCAGAACCAGAGUUCUCUUUAUUUACUAAAGGUAAACUUUCUGCUUUCCUGAAUUUGUUCUGUUUUGUUUUUAACUCUGUUUAAUGACUCUUUUAGGCUGGACUUAUCUUUGCUUGAAUAUUUUUAGAACACGAGGCAGCAGAAAACAGUCAUUUCUUGGUAUCUCAUACGCAGUUCCUGUUUCUACAGAGUCCAGACUGACUUGGUGGGGAGUGGAGGAAUACUUGACAUUUCUUCCUGAGUUUUUGCUUUGAGGAAUUGUAUAUUCAUUAGAUUCCAUUACUUGAAUUGUAAGAACAAAAUCUCUGCCCCUUGGUAUUGCACUGCAUUUGGCAAGCGUGUCUUUCAGAAUAAAUCACAUGCCUGAAACACGUGGGAUGUCCGAAACAUGAGUAAAGGUUACAAAAUGUUGUUAGAAGAUGGUGCCGGUAUCUUUGGCUUAUGUCCCAGAAAGAACAAUUUGUCUGAAUUUUGCAUGCUGUUUGAAUUUUCUACCAAGUUCCUGAAGAAAUUAAACUCUUGCACACCUUUGCUCUUUGAAAACCCCUCCCACAUACUUUAGCAUACUGUCCUGCCUGAACAUCUUUCCAAAACCUUAAUGCCUAAAAGUCUCUCGCUUUAAGGCUGAACCUUAACACCGCUGCCUUCUUAAUGGGACUUUGAAGAAGGAGGCUUAAAUAGUCGAACCCUUCUGGCAUGAUUUCCUGCUUAGGCAGAUAAUGGCCUUGCAUUAACUGUCCCUCCCCGAGGGGAAGGAAAUCCUGUAAUAGGUUGCUUCCCAGAUGGUGAGUGCAACGUGAUGCUCCCUUUAGAAAUAUCAUAACAACACUAGAUUUCCCCAAGACAGGGUUGAGGCAAGUGCAGCUGGGACAGUGGUAUAAAGAAACCAAACAAACCCCAGCUUUAAAUUGGGGGUCGUUAAAUUGUGCAGAUUUUAAAACUGAGGCUCGAUUUUCCAAAUGUGCUUUCCUUUUAUUAGAAACAGCAAAUUGUGUAAGAUUCUGCUUCAUUUCUAGUCUGUAAUGAGAAUGUGCUACGCAAAACAGUCGUUGUGGAGUGUUUUCCAGCUUGAGUUUUCCACUGGUGAUAGUGUGUAAAAAUAGUUCAGUCAAUUUUUUUAAGUGUUUCAGUUGUGUUUAACAAAGUUAUGGUUUAUGACCUCCUCCAGUAUUUGUAAUAUCCUCUCAGAUUCCUGCUGAGUCACCAGAGGGUUUAUUUCCCCCACUUGUAUGGUCAUGUAGCGCGAGCGUUUAAGCGUCAGCUUCAUCAUCAGUAGUUUGUUCUCACUGAACAUUUUUUUUUUUAUUUCUUUACUGAAACUUAAUUUUUUCAUUUAUUAAAGGAACUGUGUGGUUUCUUGUUGCACAGGCUUUUCCUAUAUUUGGAAUUUGAAAUUAAAAUUCUAGAGACCUUGCUUGACUCCUUGCUUGUGAGGAUGGAGGUGUAGAGUUGUUUUUAAAUUUUAAUUUAUUUGUUUGUUUAUUUUUUGGUCAUUUUGGAGCUUUCAGAAAGCCCUCUCUCUUUUAGAUAUAUUGAGGUAAACAUCCAGAAUAAUUUCUAAAUAUUACAACUUUGACACUUCCCCUGAAAAUAAAUCUCUAAUCCUAAAUUCCGAGCAGGGAAACCACUAAAGACUUGGAUUUUCAGUCUGUUAUUGUUCUUAAGAUUAGAUUUCCUCUGCAGGGCAUAAUGAAAAGGGCAUGGUGAACGAUCAUUUUCAUUUUAGAGCAGGGAUAAUUUUUAGGAAAUUAGGAGGGGAGGAAGAGGGGAAUAAUUAGUGCAAAUCAGAAAAUAAUAGCUGGUGAAAAUGGAUCUAAUCGAAAGCUUGGUGUUUACUGUUCAAUCUGCGCGCGCUAGUAAAGGGCAUUAUCCGCGGUAGCAUCUUAGCAGAGCACAUCCACAAGCACGACGAGUAACGACUGUACGAGGAGUGCUGGUGUUUCGGUUGGAUCUCAGGUUUACACAGCUCUGUCCAGCACGGCUGGAACAGGCAGCUUGUGGGAGCGAGCUGCUUGAUGUCAAGAGACAAAACUCAUAAUUGUCCUGGGUGGGCGCAGCACCUAAAGACUGAGUCAAGUUUUGUUCUCGUAGUGCAGGUGCGGUGUGAUUUUGUACACCUUAUGUUUUUACGCCAGUGUUCCUACGAGCAUUGUCUGACUCGGUGUCUGUUUCCCCCUAAGGAAUUUUAACUCUUCAGAGCUGUAAAAUAUGCACAAAACUACUGAGCGUUUUGCUAGAGUCACGUCAUUGUGUACCGAGAUACUUCACAAGCCUUUAGACAUCCUGCUCUCUUUGUGAGCUACAUCCUUCUGUUAUCCAAAAUAACAAUCUAUAUUCAAUAUCCUUCUCCGACAGAUGUUUUCUGGCAAAUGUCUUCCUGCGUUAGUGAAUUCUCCCUCAAGAAGCAACAGACACCUGCAGGAAGUGAAUCAAGACUCUGGAGCAGAAGAAAAAAGAAUCACCUGCUUUAAAAUAAGGAAAUAAAUAAAAGUACUGUUGGAAAUAAAAAAAAAAAGAAGCAUUUCUUUCUAUUUGUUUCUAGGUGUAAAAUUUUAAUAAUUAAUGCAGAAUUCUGUAAUCAUUGAAUCAUUAGUGGCUAAUGUUUGAAAAAGCUAUUGCAGUCGAGUCUGUGACGUGCUAAUAAAGCCUUAUAUCGAUAGUUUCUGUAGUGAUUUCGGUAGCAUGAGCCCUGCCCCUGGAGCCAGCAGGGGACAGGCUUGCUUUAUUUCCUCCUCCGUCCUGGGAGCGGGUUUGGGCUCUGGUCUGUCCUGCACAGCCUGCGAAAAGCCGGCGGCCCCAAGGGGUGACUCAAAAGUCGGAGUGACGACGUUGCCGUGUCGCACACCCUGCUGCUCCCAUCCUGCAGCUGAGCGGAGAAAGGGGUCAGUGCGGUGCAGGUUCUCGAGGUGUGAUUGGGAGAGAGUAUUGUGUUAAAAGUGGCACAAGUAUUAAUUUCUUCUUAAUAGUCUGUAUUCUCAAUGUUGUAGUAUACUUUACUUUCAUACUACCUACUUUUUGGACUAUAUAGGGAUUUACGCGGUACACAUUGGUAGUGUAAAAACGAAAGAUCACAUUGCAACUUUGUAUAAAAAAUCACCUUGCAAAACAAAGGCCUUCCCUCCCCCCCCCUUUGGCUUGGGACUUUUGGGGCAAUUCCUAACAUAUACCUGUAAUUCUUGCUUUUAUAAUUUGUGUUAGCAGAGACUAUGAUGCGUUAUAAAUGUAGAUUUAAUGUGCACUUUUGUGCUUUCUGCCAAGUGGUAAUUCACUUUGGAGUUUUACUAUGUUAAAACUGUAAAUACAGCAGAACAUUAAUAAAUGUCACUUAUGUAGCAA